AGAGAGAGAAAAGGAGGGAGAGUAAGACACCGGAGCUGCUGAACUAACAAGUACGACCUGUUCUUCAAUUAGUGUAACGAAGCUAAUUAGGUGUUCAACCCGAACCCUGUGUAGUGAUAGUUUCCGUGCAGAGUUGGAAACACAUCAGAAAGACGUGGACAUCGCCUCUGACGAGCGGAGAUUUAAGUUGUGGUUUACUGCGCAUGUGCUGAGACUUUGCUAAUGGACCGGCGGAUAGCUAGCUCAACUAGCAGGGACUAGGUGUGGUGAAGGAGUAUCACUUGAAGCAUCCAAGCUCUGUCUGUGUUUUACAUCGACCCUUUUUUCUGUCUGACGCGUGCACGGUGUGCCAACAAACUUCAUACCAGAAGAUCCGACCUACACAGCACCUACCUUGAUGGAUUACCAACCUGCGGCAAUCAUUCGAGCAGCAGCCAUGUUCUGCCGUUCUCUUCUGCUGGUUCUUCUGGGGCUCUCCUGCCUUCAGUCCUUCACCAUGGCAGAGUAUGCACAUGGAGCAGGAUUGUGCUGUUUUGAGUUUCAUAAAAGCCCGGUGCCUGCAGCGAUCGUUGCCACUGUUGAAAAAACGAGAUUCGAAUGUCCACUUCCUGGAGUCAUUCUUACAACAAAAAAAGGAUAUCAGAUUUGUGCAGACCCUGAGGUGGACUGGGUGAAGGAGAUCAAAAUUAAAGCACCAACUUUGUCCUAAACAUCAGAUUCAAAUUAGAUUAAAUGUUGUUUAAAAACAAAGUGAUGUCUUGCCUAACAGGAACAACUUUUUUAUAUAUCAGACAUGCACCUGUAACUGCUGAUUAUUGAUUAUUAUUGAUUGCUGAUUAUUAACAUUUCCACACAAGUAAAUGUAAAGCUCACAGCCUCUGGGUUUGCUUCAUUGAAUAAAGUCUUUUUACAAAACAAAAAAAA